CACUGGGUGGGAGGGAUACGAAAACAUGUGAGUGACGCAGAGAGUGUGAUAAUACAACGGGGUAAAGAGUGAGAGAACAUGAGGCAAGGGGAGAAAAAAUAUUUCCAGAAAAAGAGAGAGAGAGAGAGAGAGAGCAAAAGCAGGGUGGAUCAAGAGCAGAGGAGCCAGCGAAUAGGAGAGGGGGGGGAGAGGGAGAGAGAGAGAGAGAGAGACUGACUGACUGCAGACGCUCGCCCACUGUCACCGCUCCGCAGCCAGAGGACAGAGGACAGAGGACAGAGGCAGUGGACGCAGGACGCCAUGGAGGAGGAAGACCGCACCGUGCGCCCGCAGCUCCGCCGCUGACGGAUCACCCCUCCGAGACCAUCCCGUCCGGUCGGGAGCGACUUCUCUCUCCCUCCUUCACCAGACCCAAGUGCCGGACCUCAACUCCUGCAGGACCCUGGGGGAGGGAGGGGGGGGGGCACCGUCUCAGGCUGAAGCCACACUUCACUUCUUCCUGCCUUUUGGACUAGUGUUUUUUUUCUUCUUCCAACCAUCCCGCCGUUCGCUGACCUUCCGAGCUGAGUGGAUCUACUUUUGUCCCGUGUGCGGACCAUGGGGCGCGGGUGGAGGGGCGCAGCGGGGAGCCUCCCACUAAGGACCGAGGUGACGCUGCUGCUGCUGCUGCUGCUGUGGGGCUGCCGGGAGGCUCCCGCGCAGACGGACGACGGGAAGUCCGUCUACUUCUGGGAAACAGGUCCGUGGGGAAGGUGCAUGGGCAGCGACUGCGGCCCGGGAGGCAGCCAGAGCCGGGCGGUGUGGUGCGCCCACGUGGACGGCUGGACCACGCUGCACACCAACUGUGACCAGGCCCAGCGCCCGUCCAACCAGAGGAACUGUUUCCGCGUGUGCGACUGGCACAAGGACCUUUACGGCUGGCAGCUGGGCGCCUGGAAUGCCUGCGUGCCUGUUUCGGCGAGGACCUUGUGGAGCUCGCGGGCGCCCGCGUGCAGCGGCGGCGAGGAGGGCAUUCAGACCCGGGAGGUGGGCUGCACACUCAAAGCGGACGCGUCUCCAGCAGAGGAUGCCAUCUGCGAGUACUUUGAGCUCAAGCCUCGCCUGGAGCAGGAUUGUUUGAUCCCUUGCCCUCGGGACUGCGUGCUCUCCGAGUACUCGCCAUGGACGUCCUGCUCCAAAACCUGCGGCACGGGCCUCAGGAACCGGGUCCGGAGCGUCCUGGUCCCUCCGCUCUUCGGGGGCGCGGCUUGCCUCAACCUCACCGAGUUCCAGUCGUGCAAAGCGGGGCCCUGCACGGGUCCGGAGGGCAUGCACAGCCUCAGGGUGGGGCCGUGGAGCCCCUGCGCCCUCCCGCCGACGCGGACGGCGCGCCAAGUGAAGCGCAGGAAAGGGAAAGGCCAGGGGCUCAGGGAGCGGGCCGGGGUCAAAGACCCGGAGACCAGAGAGCUCAUCCAGAAGAAGCGGACCAGGAACCGCCUCAACCGGCAGGAGAGCCCCUUCUGGGACAUCCAGGUGGGCUACCAGACCCGGGAAGUGACCUGCACACACCGCAAUGGGAGCGCCGCGGGUCGCAACCUGUGCGCCCCGUGGGACCCGCCGCUGACCCUGCGGCCCUGCGUCCUCCCCAAAGACUGCCAGCUGACGGACUGGGCCGAGUGGGGGCCCUGCUCCAAAGCCUGCCUGGACCCGGCGUCCCCCGCGGGCCGCCGCGCCCGCAGCAGACAGGUGGUCCAGUUCCCCGUGGGCGAGGGGGCGGAGUGCGCGCCGCUGGAGGACUCUGAGCCGUGUGAACCUCAGGGGGAAGGUGUGCCGCCCUGCUCCACCUACACCUGGAGAAGCACCGAGUGGAGCGACUGCCGGGUCGACUCGUUGCUAGGCCAACAGGACCGUCGGCGCGGCAACCUGACGGGGCUCUGCGGGGGGGGCCUGCAGACCAGGGAGGUUUAUUGCGUGCAGGCCAACGCCGAGCUUCUGAAGUACCUCGACGACCUCCGGGAAAAAGACCAAGCGGGUCAGACCCAAAGACAGCAGAAGCCUAGUGUCCCCCCUCUCCUCUCCAUCACCUUCCAGAUUACAGCCUCCCGGCCGGUGGAGAACAAGAUGUGCAAGGGUCCGAUCCCCAACAGGUCCCAGCUGUGCCACAUCCCCUGUCCCAUCGACUGCGAGGUGUCGCCCUGGGGGGCCUGGGGGCCCUGCACCUUCGAGAACUGUGACGACCAGGCCGGGAAGAAAGGUUUCAAACUGAGAAAACGGCGGAUCACCAACGAGCCGACGGGGGGGCCCGGCAACUGCCCCCACCUGGUGGAGGCGGUGCCGUGCGACGAGCCCCGUUGCUACGACUGGCGGCUGGCGGGCCUGGACCGGUGCGUCCCUGACGACGGGACGCCGUGCGGCGCCGGCGCUCAGCUGGCGCUGCUCCGGUGUGUCAACGGCAACGAGGAGGAAGUGGACAGCGGCCUCUGCGCGGCGUCCCCGGCUCCGGAGCCCGCCCCCUGCGAGGUGCCUUGCUCGAGGGACUGCGUGCUCAGCGAUUGGACGAGCUGGUCCACCUGCUCUCAGACCUGCUCCAGCAAGACCAUCGAGGGCAAGCAGACGAGGACGCGCUCCAUCCUGGCCUACAACGCCGGGGAAGGUGGCGCCGUGUGCCCGAACAGCAGCUCCCUGCUGGAGGUGCGUAACUGUAACGAACACGCCUGCACCGUCUACCACUGGCAGACGGGGCCCUGGGGGCCCUGCACCGAGGACCCCUCCGCCUCGGCCCUCAACACCUCGGCGGGGGUCCGAGCCGGCGCCGGCGGCGGUCAGGGUUCCUGCUCCGUGGGAAUGCAGACCCGCAAGGUCAUCUGCGUCCGGGUCAACGUGGGACAAGUGCCCCCCAAGAAGUGUCCAGACGGCCCCCGCCCCAGCACGGUGCGACCGUGUGAGCUGCCCUGCAAGAAGGACUGCAUCGUGACUCCUUUCAGCGACUGGACGGCGUGUCCCGUUACCUGCGACGCAGCUGGCAACGCCGUGAAAAUAAAGCAGUCAAGGAAGCGUCUCAUCAUCCAGCAGCCGUCCAACGGGGGACAGGAGUGUCCCGAGGUGCUGGAGGAGGAGAGGGACUGUGAGGUCCCCAAUGUCUGCCCGGGGUUCAGGUGGAAAACCCAUAAAUGGAGGAAGUGCCAGCUGGUGCCGUGGUUUCUCCGACAGGACCGUCCAGGUGCGCAGGAGACGUGCGGUCCAGGACUCCAAACCAGAGCUGUGUCCUGUCGGCAGCUGGACGGGACGCAGGCCGACAUCGGCGAGUGUCUGAAUUUUGCCACGGCCAUGCCGGCCAUCACUCAGCGCUGUCAGCUCCCCUGCCAGGAUGACUGCCAGCUGACCAACUGGUCCAAGUUCUCGUCCUGCACCGCUGACUGUGUGGGGGUCCGCACCCGAAAGAGGGCGUUGAUAGGGAGGAGCAAGAAGAAAGACAAGUGCAAGAACACGCAAAUGUACCCUUUGAGCGAGACCCAGUACUGCCCCUGUGACAAGUACAACGCCCAGCCGGUGGGGAACUGGUCGGACUGCAUCCUGCCCGAGGGGGGCCGGGUGGAGAGCAUCCUGGGGAUGAAGGUCCAGGGAGACAUCAAGGAGUGUGGACAGGGCUACCGCUACCAGGCCAUGGUGUGCUACGACCAGGACAACCGGCUGGUGGAGACCUCACGCUGCAACAGUCACGGUUAUAUCGAGGAGGCGUGCAUCAUCCCCUGCCCCUCGGACUGUAAACUCAGCGAAUGGUCCAACUGGUCGCGCUGCAGCAAGUCCUGCGGCAGCGGGGUCAAAGUUCGCUCCAAGUGGCUUCGGGAGAAGCCCUACAACGGCGGGCGGCCGUGUCCCAAGCUGGAUCACAUCAACCAGGCCCAGGUGUACGAGGUGGUGCCGUGUCAGAGCGACUGCAACCAGUACGUGUGGUUGGCCGAGCCGUGGAGCGCGUGGAAGGUCAGCAACGUGGACCUGAAGGAGAACUGCGGCGAGGGCGUCCAGACCAGAAAAGUCAGGUGCAUGCUCAACACCAUAGACGGCCCCUCGGAGUCCGUGGAGGACUACCUGUGCGACCCCGAGCUGAUGCCCCUGGGGGCCAGGGAGAGCCGGCUGCCCUGCCCCGAGGACUGCGUCCUCAACGACUGGGGCCCCUGGAGCCGCUGCGACCUGCCGUGCAUCCGGACCAACAGUCGGGAGCGCACGGCGUACGCCCUGCGCCCCCCCAGCGUGGGGAGGCAGUGCCCCGACACCAGCGACAGGGAGCCCUGCAGCCUGAACCUCAACUGCUUCAACUACUUCUACAACAUCACAGACUGGAGCACGUGUCAGCUGAGUUCCAACGCCGUGUGUGGGAGCGGCAUCAAGACCCGGAUGCUCGACUGCGUCCGCAGCGACGGCAAAUCGGUCGACAUCAAAUUCUGCGAUGAGCUGAGUUUGGAGAAGAAGUGGCAGAUGAACGUCUCCUGUGUGGUCGAGUGUCCCGUCAACUGUCAGAUGUCGGCGUGGUCGCCGUGGUCGGACUGCUCUCAGACGUGCGGGCUGGACGGCAAGAUGUGGCGGCGGCGCUCGGUGGUCCGGGCCUUCCAGGGCGACGGCCGGCCCUGCCCCUCUCAGACGGAGCAGUGGAAGCCCUGCCCCGUCCGACCCUGCUACCGCUGGCAGUACGGCGACUGGUCCGAGUGCCGCGUGGAGAGCGUGGUGUGCGGAGACGGCGAGCGCUACAGAAACCUGUCCUGCUUCGUGUCGGACGGCUCGGGCGACGCGGCGUCCGGCGGCGCGGUGGACGAGGAGCUGUGCGGCGGCCUGGAGCCGGCCGUCAGCGGGGACGAGCGGAUCAGCCUGAAGGAGGCCUGCACCCUCCCCUGCCCAGGUGAGUGCUACCUGAUGGAGUGGUCGGAUUGGAGCUCGUGCGUGAGCAUCUGCGUCAAGGCGGCCGGCGUGGACUUCGGCUCGGUCCGGGUUCGCUCCCGAGCCGUGUUGGCCCAGGAGCCGGAGAACCUGCAGCUCUGCCCCGACCAAGAGUGGGAGUCCCAGCCCUGUGACGAGGGCGAAUGCUACGAGUACAAAUGGCUGAGCGGCGGCCGUCCAAACGCCACCGGCCCGGCGGUCUGGUGCCAGCGCUCCGACGGGCUCAACGUUACCGGAGGUUGUCCUCCUCUGAGCUCUCCAGAGGACAACGACUCGUGUGACCCUCCCUGUCUCAAGACAAAGUCCUUCUGCAGCGAGGCCGCCACCUGCGCGUGCGAGGAGGGCUUCACGGAGGUGCUGUCGCCGAGCGGGCAGCUGGACCAGUGCGCCCCCAUCCCGGUGCUGGAGAUCCCCACGGCGGGGGACAAGAAAGGGGACGUGAAGACCAGCCGUGCCAUUAACCCCACCCUGCCCGCCACCGCGCAGCCCGGGCGCAGCGGGCGCACCUGGUACCUGCAGCCUUACGGACCAGAUGGGAAGCUGAAGAUGUGGGUGUACGGUGUAGCAGCCGGAGCCUUCGUGCUCCUCAUAUUCAUAGUGUCUAUGAUAUACCUAGCUUGCAAAAAGCCAAAGAGACCUCAGAGACAGAGGCAGCAAAACAGCCGACUGAAACCUCUGACUCUGGCCUACGACGGGGACACGGACAUGUAGUCCUCGGGGGGGAGGGGGGGGGGGGGUCACCAAGCACCCCCUCCCCCCCCCCCGCCACCGUGGCAGCGGGGGACACGCGUGGUUUUGCGGCGCAAACGAAGCGCAGAAAUGACUGAAAAUCCUCUUGCAGCAGAGACAGUGGUGGGGUUCAUCCAUUUCAAGUAGAGCGCCAUCAACCACCCUCUUUUCAUUGUUUUUUUUAAGUAUUUCAUUUUUUCAAAGAGCCUUCGUGAACUCCACCUUGUUCAAUAAUGAAAUACCUUCUUUUUUCGGGGGGGGGGGUGAGGGGGAGCCCAACCCAUCAUCAUCAUAAAGAAAAGAUAUUCAGCUGGAGGAGUCCGGAUGCAGUCUGUCUCUGAACAUGGCAGCUCCAGCUUCAGCACUUACACACCCCCCCCCCCCCCC